CGACGUCUUCCGACAAAUCACGAGUAGUCACGAAUGGAAAUGGGCUAUCUAAUAUGGCGACUGCAAGAGGCUACCUCCACUGAGUCAGGGAAAAUUUGUUGUGAUUUGGUCUCCAGAAGUGCCUCAAGAAACCAACGAAAUGAUAUUUAGUUAAGUGACAUCUUCUUCUGGUAUCAUCGACCAUGGAUUUUGUUGAUCUCGACAAAGUUCUUGAUGAGUUUGAAGAAGAAGAGAAGGCAGCAGACUCUCUGACCCCAGGCCAGGAAGUGAGGCCCAGCGGAUACUCCGAGUAUUUGGAGUCCCACCGAGACAAGCCAUGGGAGUCCGUGGCGGAAGUUCCUGUCUCUGGACUUGGCUUGCAGAUGGGGUACGGCCUGGCAGGGAAGGGGACCUUGGAAGGUAGCAUGUACGACUAUGAUACUCCAUAUGACGCUGGAGGUAACAGGAAACACGACUUCAUCGAUGCCACACAUCUAGCUAAUCUGAAGAAGAAUGUCACAAAUGUGGAGUUUGGCCGAGGUGACUUGGACCUGGGAGGUAGCAUCCAGUAUGGCAGUGGUAGCAGGCAGGAUGGUCUUCAGUACAAGAAUAGCUUGUCUGACAAGGAGGCUGAUCUAGUCUCCAUGAGUAAUGAUCUGUGUAUUGAACCAAAUUCAGUUUUGACAUUGAGAGCUUCAGGAGAGGCGGAGAAGGAGCACUGGAACAAUUCGGAUCAGGGCAUUAUGCAUGGUGAUAAUGAUAUUGAUAAUUCUAUGUAUUCCAAACAUAAUGGCGUAGUAGUUAAUGACAACUUCCAGAACUCGACUAAAGGCUUGGUGGCUUCCCAGGUGACAGCAGUGCAGACUGACGCCUUGACACCAAGAACUGAGAGAGAACUCGAUUCCGUACCGUUUCCAAAAUCUGACAUCAUUGUUGUUGGACAUGGAAACUCUGAGGUUAAUGUUAUAGCUAAUUUCCAUGAACAUAAUUCAAUACCCAUUGGUUCUCAACCACAUGCCCCCUAUCAGCAUUCUGCGCCCUAUGCAAGGCUUGAGUGUGUGCCAACAAGACAGAGUCAGGCAGACCCUGUGCAGAAGGAUUCCAACGGCAAACCAACAGAUAAGCCAACUGGCAUGCAGAUUCCUGAUAAUGUAAAUGGGACACAAUCAGGUCAAGGUCAUUUCCAGUCCACAGGGGGAACAACUGUGGGGUUUGACAGUGUUAGUGGUGAUAUUGAUGAAGAUGAAAUCGAUCAGUAUCUCAAUGACUCAUUGGACUCGUCUGACUCCAAGCAACAAAACCAGCCAAGUGCUGUUGUAAAUACUGAUGAGCUGAGUGCUCAGCAUGGAAUAACAAAACAGGUUAUUCAAAAUCCAGACAUUGUGCUCGACAUCGGAAGAAGUGAAAACUUCAUGCAUGAUCAAAAGGGCAAUGUGCAAUAUUCUGCUCCACCAGGAGCUGGUGACAUGGCAAACGUUCCUUCGCAGAUCCCUCGGUCAGAGGGGACGGAUGUGACAGGGAACCAGAAUCAAGUCUGUGAAUCACUGAAUAGUAAACAGUUGCAAAGUGCAUACAACGGUUCUGAUGUGUUGCCACAGACUGAAUGUCAAGGUCAGGUGACAGUUUCAAAUCUUGUUCCCACUCUUCAAAACAACUCCAGAGUUUCGUCUGAUUCCAGGGCAGAACAAGGUUCCUUUGGAAAUCAGAACUCUACAUCAGAAGAAUCAUCUUUAAGUGAUGUUGGGAGAACUGGCAGUGCUGGUGGGUCUCCAGAGGCCAACUCCAGCCCCACCGAGCAGGGCAGUCCCCCCAUUGUCGGGGUAGGAGCCAGACCUAAAGAUCCAUCCGCUAUUAAAAAGAAUCGCCCUAAUAGUUUAUUAGGACUUUCAAAAAUCAAUAUGGAUUCUCCAUAUAAUAUUGUCCAUGAGGUUUCUGAAACUUCUGAAUCUGUAGCUCAAAUGGCUGAAGGACAUUUGCAACCAGAGUCAUCACAGAGUGGUGACAUGGUUGCUAGUGAGGUGACGGGGCCUGCCCCUGGCAGUGGGAGUCAGUAUGGAGGUAGUUUCUCGCAGCCUCCUGGAGGACUGGUUGGGGAGGAUCCUGCUCCUGGCAGUGAACACAAGCAACUGACAAACUUUGAGAUCCGCCAACAGAUAGAGCAGGAGCAGAGACAGAGGAUGGACAGGAUGCCGGCCGAGCAACACAAUAACCAGCUAAACCAACAAGAUGGACAUCCUGAUGAUGGGAGGAUGGAGGGGGAGACUAGUGAAGAUGAGGUGGUUGGAGAGGUGACUGCCCUUGCUGGAGCUGGGGAGACGAUGGACGACAUGCCGAUAAUGAGGCGGGGUGAGGAGCAGCUUGUCCAGCCAGGGCUCAACGUACAGGCAGGUAUGCCUGCCCGGCCCCACUCCUGGAGUCCAGGAUCAGGUCAGAUAGCCCCCCCUGGCAAGCUAAGGCGCCCCACCAGUCUGAAUCUGCCCCCUCGGGGAGAGCUGGCUAUGCCCGGAGACCGAUCCCCAGACACGAGUGGGCGGAUGCGGGGCAUUGGCAUGAUGCAGGAGGAAAUCCCCGAGGAGGAGACUGCAGAGCAGUCAGUGGGGGAAGAGUACAGUGAAGGGGACGAGGGGCUCAUGGAGGCUUCUGGGGUAACAGAGGAGGAGGGUUCUCUACCCAUGUCCAGUGAGCCUCCCCCGCCCUCCAUCAUCCACUCCAACCUGGGUCGGGUUGCCCCCACCUGGGUGCCGGACCACGAGGCACCAAACUGUAUGCAGUGCCUGUCCAAAUUCACCUUCACCAAGAGGCGGCAUCACUGCAGAGCCUGUGGCAAGGUGUUCUGCUCUACAUGCUGCAGCCAGAAGAGUGCUCUGGCCUACAUGGACUUGAAGGAGGCCCGGGUGUGUCAGCAGUGUCAUCAGCUUCUGCAGUCAGCUGAUUGGUCGCCGACCGGUGGUUCGUCUCGCCGGAGCCCCAACCCCAAUAACCCCAGCGAAUACUGCUCUACUAUUCCACCUCAGCAGCAGGCUAAUGCACGUGCCCCCCUGCCCACUGUUUUGGUACCGGUGGGCGUCCUUAAACGAGAGGGGAGCCAGCGAAGAGCGGAGCCUAAACAAGUGAUGUUCUCGGAUGGGAUUCGGCCAGGCGGAGAUUUGACAGAGCUGGAUGGGUCUAGUGAAGCUCGACUUCCCCCCCGGCGGACGGGACGACUUCAGAAGAAGGUGGAGAAGGCACAAGGUGGACAAUCCUCACCCAAGACCAGGAGGCUGAGAGGAAGUGAGAAUGCGAGGAACAGGUGCUUUAUCCCAGAAGAUGGUCUGCCCCCACUGUACUCUCUCACAGAUGCAGGAGAUGUCAGUCUGGAAGAUAACUAUGACCCAGACAAGCAUUUGCCACAGAUUAAAAAUGACGAAGCUGAACCCAUCAUAUUUGCAAUCAACAGCAACCUGCAGGUGCUUGUCAAGAUCCUCAUGUUGGACUGUUGCGUGAACCGUGAAUGCUGGUCCUUCACGACGCGUGGCCUGUGCACCGUGGGUCAGGACGAGAUUGUCAUCAUCCUGGAGUGUUUCCCUGACGAGAGCCGACCUGCCAGGGACAUCUUCUGCCACUUUGCCACCAUGUACGAGGAGGCCGGGAAAGGUAACACUGUGUCAGACAUGGGGCACACAAUCUUCAACCAGAGUUUCCUGGACAGUCGAGACCACGGAGGCUUCCUCUACCUGCGACCAACUUUCCAGUGUCUGCAGAAGCUGCUGCUGCCAUCACCACCACAUCUGUUUGGCGUCCUGCUACAGAAGUGGGAGACGCCCUGGGCCAAAGUGUUCCCCCUACGACUCCUGCUCCGACUGGGGGCUGAAUACAGAUACUACCCCUGCCCUCUGGUGAGUAUCCGCAACCGCAAGCCAGUGUUCUUCGAGAUUGGCCACACCAUCAUGAACCUGCUGGCCGACUUCCGGAACUACCAGUACAUGCUGCCACAGAUUCGAGGGGUCCACAUACACAUGGAGGACAAGAAGACCGUCAUCAACUUCCCUCGCAACAGAUACGAUGAGCUGAUGAAGAUGGUGAACAGCAGUAAUGAGCAUGUGAUGGCCCUGGGCUCCAGCUUCAGUGCGGAUGCGGACUCCCACCUGGUGUGUAUUCAGAACGACGAGGGCAACUAUCAAACACAGGCCAUCAACAUCCAGAACAAACCUCGCAAAGUGACUGGUGCUAGUUUUGUGGUGUUUAAUGGUGCACUGAAGACAAGCUCAGGACUACGAGCAAAGUCGAGCAUAGUAGAGGACGGCCUGAUGGUGCAGAUCCUGCCAGAAUGUAUGGUGGCAGUGAAACAGGCCAUCAAAGACAUGACAGACUACACCAUCGGCUGUGGCAGCGCCACAAUUGACAAGCCGGAGGAGGUGGUGGUCCUUCAAUGGGUGGACGACGACAAGAAUACCAAUGUUGGUGUGAAGAGUCCUAUUGACAAGAUGUCCCUCGAUGGAGUCGAGAGUAUCCACAUCCACAACUCCACCGACUACGUAGGGGAGCACCGCGCCAUCCGUUGGACAGAUGUCUUCUUCAUCCAGAACGAGGACAGUGGAGCACGCUGGGAGCCGGUGGACCUGAGUCGACUGGCGGAAACGCUAGCAUCAGCGACGUGCAUCUGCCUCACACAACACCUGGACCGAUUGAAGGAGGCAGGGACCAUCAAGAUAGGACUCCGGGUCACGCUGGACACAGAACAGGUUGGGUACGAGAUUGGAUCCAAUGGCGAGAAGCUGGCCGACUUCUACAUGAACGACCUUGACAGUGGUCUGAUUCCGGUGAUUCAUGGAGCAGUGUCACAGAGUCAGGACGGUCCUAUUGUCCUAGAGCUUGUAUUCUAUGUCCUAGAGUGACUACACUGAACAAUUACAGGUUGAUUUUAGCUGCUUCCUGCCAUGAACAAAAAUAUUCAAAUCCAUGCUCAUUGCAAGUGCUUCUAAAGAUGAUAUGAAGAUUAGAAAUGAGAUACUACAGUAUGGUAUAUUUGAUCAUCUUAUAGUGGGCAACAGAUAUAUUUUAAGAUGAAGCACAUUUGAUGUAGACUUCAUUGCCCUGUGUACAGAGUGGGGAUUUGUGACACAGUUUUAAUUUUUCAGUUACCUCUGAGAAUGUAUAGUCCUGUAUGGUGUGUGAAGCCGCAACGUUGUGAAUAUUCCAUUUUCUCUUUAAUCAUCCUCUCAGCACUAAUAAUGUUUUUUAAUAAAACACAGUACACAAAUCAGACCAGUAAUAUCAGUGAUAGCCCAUUGACAGUCGGGAUGUGGAUAAGACCGUUGUCCAAGAAAUCAGAAUUUGCUGUGCAGAGUUGCAUACCUUACCCUACCAGGAUCUGCAGGUCGUGGUACGAAUCACUCUGAUGAUCCUUGGUUUGUCAGCACCAUACCCAUUCUUGCUUGAUUUCACCCAAGUCGUAAGUGGUGAUGAUGUCACUUAGUGUUUUCCUCCCACAGUAAGCUGAAACUAAAGUCGCAUUAAAACCAACUUACUAACUCUUACAUUUUCAUCAACCAAUUUCCAAGUUUUGUUGUGGCUGGACUGUGGACUGACAUUGUAGUGUAAAUAUUGCUCAGUUUUAACUGUAGAUAAUUUGUGUAUAUAGUGUUGAAACUCUAUAUGUAUGAUGCGGCCCAUGUAAUAAUAGGAAAUAAGUAUUGGAAAAUUCUCUCAAAUAGACAAGGUUUUUUGUGAAUAUUGUGCAUUAUUGUUGUGUAUUGUGUACGAAAACUGUUAUAUUUAUUAUAUAGUGGGCAGAUUGUUAUAAACUCUGGAGAGAAAUAUAUUAUUGCAAAGACACAGAUCUGUAAAUGACAUGUACAAAUUUGUAUCUACUAUGUAAGUGUAGGUAGGUUGGCGUAUGUAAUCAGUGGUGUUCGUGGACAGAACGAUGAGUCAGGACUCCAGCAUGUCCAGGACCCCGUUCCACAAAGCGAUCUUAGCGCUUAGGUGAUCGUAACUCCCAUACUUUAACAUAGGUUUACGACUGUCAUAGUGCUACUUUCGCUUUGAGGAACGGUACCCUGGACCUCAAACUUCAACAUGUCACUGGAUUCAAUCUUUAAUGCUCAGUAUUUCUGUUGAUGGCAUUGUAUGUGCCAGACUAACAGCCUCUCCAGACUGUGCUGUGAUGGACCAGUUCAUUGAUGCAGUGCUUCAGGUUGACCCUUGGCUUUGUCUUUGCCCAUGAGUGAACUGUGUGACACUCCCGUGUGAGGUGCAUGGCUCUGGUCCAUUACGGACACCAGGUCCAUCGUUUUGAAUGGAGUUACUUAACCUGAGUGGUGCCCUGAGCGGUGAUCCUGGCUUCACCAGGCUACUACCUCACCUUCAGGUUGCCUCCUAUGCUAGACCAGAGGAGGGGAAAACAACGAUGCCAAGUGACAGGCUGUGAAAGGAAAUAGGUUUAACUACCAAGAGCAAGGAGAAGGUUUGGGACAGCCCCGGUGUCUUAUGUAUUCAUGCAUCUGUUGGUCCCAGUGCCCAUCUGUUGUUCCCAGUGCCCAUCUGUUGGUCCCAGUGUCCUUUGUGUCCAUCUGUUGGUCCCAGUGUCCAUCUGUUGGUCCCUGUGUCCAUCUGUUGGUCCCAGUGUCCAUCUGUUGGUCCCUGUGUCCAUCUGUUGGUCCCAGUGUCCUGUGUGUCCAUCUUUUGGUCCCAGUGUCCAUCUGUUGGUCCCAGUGUCCAUCUGUUGGUCCCUGUGUCCAUCUUUUGGUCCCAGUGUCCAUCUGUUGGUCCCUGUGUCCAUCUUUUGGUCCCAGUGUCCAUCUUUUGGUCCCUGUGUCCAUCUGUUGGUCCCAGUGUCCAUCUGUUGGUCCCAGUGUCCAUCUUUUGGUCCCAGUGUCCAUCUGUUGGUCCCUGUGUCCAUCUUUUGGUCCCAGUGUCCAUCUGUUGGUCCCUGUGUCCAUCUGUUGGUCCCAGUGUCCUGUGUGUCCAUCUGUUGGUCCCAGUGUCCAUCUGUUGGUCCCAGUGUCCAUCUGUUGGUCCCAGUGUCCAUCUGUUGGUCCCAGUGUCCAUCUGUUGGUCCCUGUGUCCAUCUUUUGGUCCCAGUGUCCAUCUGUUGGUCCCUGUGUCCAUCUGUUGGUCCCAGUGUCCUGUGUGUCCAUCUGUUGGUCCCAGUGUCCAUCUGUUGGUCCCAGUGUCCAUCUGUUGGUCCCAGUGUCCUGUGUGUCCAUCUGUUGGUCCCAGUGUCCAUCUGUAGGUCCCUGUGUCCAUCUGAUGGUCCCAGUGUCCAUCUGUUGGUUAUGUGUGUCCAUCUGUUGGUCCUAGUGUCAUAUGUGUCCAUUUGUUGGUCCCUGUGUCAUGUGUCCAUCUGUCCAUCUGUUGGUCCUAAUGUCCUUUUUACUCAACUGUUUGUUCUAAUGUUCUUUUUAUCCAUAUGUUGGUCCUCUAAGUGUCCUUUGUGUCCAUCUGUUGGUCCUCUAAGUGUCCUGGGUCCAUCUGUUUGUCCUGUUUAUCCAUCUGUUGUUCCCAUGGUCUUCUCAUGCCCAAGCAUGGUAGUGCGGUCACACUGGAGGGUGGGUCAUGACAAAACGUGUUACUGUAAAUAUUGUAUGUUAGUCUUGUAUUUGUGAAGCUUUUAAAAAGCAUUUCAUCAUCAUCAUCAUCAUCGUCAUCAUUACCUUGGGGGCGGUGGGCUGGCCUAGUGGGUGAUGGGUUGUUUAUCAAGCAUUAAACAGGUUCAGUACUCCACAAAGGGGCUCAGUAGUACUGACCUUGCUCCAAUACUGUUUUCAAUAGCAGCUUCAAUCCUACCCUCUCUCAAAAUCCUCAUCAUCAUCAUCAUAACCACUGCCCAUCUUCAGUGUAGCACCAUGCCAUCAUGUAGAGUAGACGUGUGAUCGACAAUUAUUUCCAAUCAAUGCAUGUAGAUCCUUUACAGAUCUUAUUUCAUAGGGCUUUAUCGUGUUUGUUGUCAGUAUAUUGAGUUGCACCUGAUCAUCCUUUGUAUGUUUGUGACAAUAAGUUUGGGGUUUCCCCUGUAGGUCUACAUGUGAGAAACUGUGUGUGAUGUGUGAAAGUAUGGUUCUCCAGGCUACUAGCUCAGACUCUGUGGACUGUUCAAAUUUGUAUCAAACAGGCAAGAAGAUAGAUCUUGUAACAUAAUGGUUAGAAAAUAUACCAAAUAAGGCACAGGAUAUGUUGCAUAUUUAAUGGCAAUGAGAUCAACAGUAUUAAACUUGUAAAAGUUCCUUUGUGAAAUAAUUUGUAUUGAAUGUUAACCAAAUUGUAUGUUAUAUUACCAUCAAUAACAUGAGUAUGUCAUUUCUUAUCCACGAAUAACUUUAAUUCCCUACAUGUCUUGGCAUGUUUCAUAAUAGACUGGUUCUUUCUGGUUUGGAGAGAACCAGUUCAAGAGGUAGGUCUUUGUAACAUGACACAAUUGGUAGGAGAUGGAUGGAACUAACAUCCUUCAGUGAGUGUUGCAGCUGUGACUUUUUCAGUGUAUAUCAAUGUAGUUGGCGGAGCAUCCCGAUCCACAUGAUCCAUACACCCCCAAAAAACUACAAAUUCCCUAAGCAUAAAACAAUACAUUUUCAAAAAAGAACUAAUAAUAAUCGCACAUUCCUUUAAGAGGUUGGUUUUCAUGAGUAAGUCUGUAUCUUGUAUUUCUCCUCUUCCUUGAGAGUUAUUUUUCAGUGUGUUUAUGGUCUUCUGGACGCUUAUCCUUACCUUCCCACACAUCCGUUCAUGUCACUCCCCCACAAUCUGACUACACUCUGUCAUGGAGUACUUCUAUAUCUGGACCUUACCCAUAGCCUGACUACACUCCGUCACAGAGCACUUCUAUGUCUGGACCUCCCCCACUACCUGACUACACUCCGUCACACAGCACUUCUAUAUCUGGACCUUACCCAUAGCCUGACUACACUCUGUCACAGAGCACUUCUAUAUCUGGACCUCCCCCACUACCUGACUACACUCCGUCACACAGCACUUCUAUAUCUGGACCUCCCCCACUACCUGACUACACUCCGUCACACAGCACUUCUAUAUCUGGACCUCCCCCACAACCUGACUACACUCUGUCACAGAGCACUUCUAUAUCUGGACCUCCCCCACUACCUGACUACACUCCGUCACACAGCACUUCUAUAUCUGGACCUCCCCCACAACCUGACUACACUCUGUCACAGAGCACUUCUAUGUCUGGACCUCCCCCACUACCUGACUACACUCCGUCACAGAGCACUUCUAUAUCUGGACCUUACCACUAACCUGACUACACUCCGUCACAGAGCACUUCUAUAUCUGGACCUUACCACUAACCUGACUACACUCUGUCAUGGAGUACUUCUAAAUCUGGACCUCCCCCACUACCUGACUACCAGUCUGUCAUGGAGUAUCUAUAUCUGGACCUCCCGACAACCGGACUACUCUG